AUGCCCGGCAAUUCACCCCCAAUCACACUCUCAACCCCCAGCUUCUUCUUUAAUACUCCGCUGGAUCUAAGUCAGGAGACCCUUACAGAAGCGACAGAUCUGCAGGACACUUCCUUUGAUCUGCCGGCCGAGACAGCAACUGCCGGUGGCGGAACCGUGUCUUCGGCCGCCAAAACGGAGAAGAAGCGGCGCCGGCCGGCCCUCUCGUGUGAGCAAUGCCGGCGCCGCAAGAUUCGAUGUGAUCGUAGUCUACCUUGUGUAAACUGCGUCAAAUCUAAGAUAUCACCCUGUACUUAUGCACCAACUCACAUCCCAGCUUCACGUGUCAAGAAAGGCGCAGGCCAUACUGGUGCUGCAGACUCAAACUCCCAAGUGCCGGCGAGGUCAGCCCCAGCCAUUGGAACUACCCAGAGACAGUCUCCGUCAAACUCAUCUGCGAGACAAAAAUCUUCUAGCAUCCCGAGCUCAACAGUAGGAUCCAACUCAGAAGCUUCCACAGUUGAUGCCCUGGCUGCGAGGGUCAAGGAGCUGGAGCAGAAGCUAGCCGAGUCUUGUUACAUCACACAACCAGCAGAAGACAAGUUUAUACAGCCUGAUGACCAGGAAGCUGAGUCGGCUCCUAUGAAAGGGACUGUCUCUAAAACGAGGUUCUUUGGUCAAAGUCACUGGAUGAACGGCAUUCAUAUGUUUCCCGGUGUUUUUGAUAUGCUCAAAGAGGCAGAGACUCGCAGGAAUCAACAUCACGGUGGUUUUACCAGAUGCAAAGCUCUGGGUCGUACCAUCAAAGCAAAUCGCUCCAAAGCUGUGUCGACUGACAAGUUGGGCGAAAACAUACCUGAGCGUGGCCUUGCCGAUCAGCUUGUCAAUGCCUAUUUUGACACCUUUGAGGGCGUGGUUCGGAUUCUUCACCGUCCAACCUUCAUGUCUGAGUAUGAGCGCUACUGGCAGAAUCCUAAAGCCUCCAGUCAGGUUUUCUUGAUUCAGCUGCAGCUAUGCAUGGCCAUCGGAGCGACUCUACACGAUGAUGUCUUCAGCUUGCGUGCGACUUCGAUGCAGUGGGUCCAUGAGGCCCAAAUCUGGCUUGUGAUACCCCCUGAAAAGAGCAGAAUGACUAUCGCUGGUAUCCAGAUCAUGUGUAUGCUGGUCAUCGCUAAAGCGUGUUGUGCGGUUGGCCAAGACCUUACCUGGGUUUCGGCUGGGAGUCUCGUCAGACAGGCUAUGUACAUGGGAUUACAUCGGGACCCAAGGCAUCUUGGUAACAUGUCCGUUUACCGUUCCGAGAUCCGUCGCCGCCUCUGGGCAACCAUCCUCGAACUUAAUCUACAAUGCUCCUACGAUGCUGGAGGCCCCCCUCUUCUCUCCUCGAAACACUACGAUACACGUCCCCCAGCAAAUUUGAACGACGAUCAACUUACAGACGAGCCAGAUUCAGAUAGAAAGCCAACUGGGGAUCCCGAAACACUGACUGAUAUGUCAGUCCAACUCGCGCUUCAAAAGUCUUUUGCUCUUCGCCUCAUCAUUAUCAAGCACGUCAACGAAUUUAGAUCCAAGGAGUCCUACGCCGAGACACUCCGGCUGAACUCUGAACUCACAAAGGCAUGCCGCACAUUAACAGAGACACUUGCUGCUCUAUCAGAGGCCCAGAGGCACCAGCCCCGAACAAUCUUUACCCAUUUCCACAGCUCUCUUGUUCAAAUGCUCACAUACCGUUGCUUCCUCUCUCUUCAUCAGCCCAUGGUCGCCCGCUCCGCCCUCGAUCCAACAUACUACUACUCUCGCAAAGUAUCCCUCGACUCGUCUCUGAAGCUCGCGCAGAUCACUGGCCUAUCGACACCUCGCUACGGUACCUCUGCUCCUGGAGGCUCCUUGGACCCCGGAGUCAGCUUUCACCGCCUCAUCACAAAUGGAGCGGGCGUGUUCCGUGUGAUCCCAACUCAAACGCUUUUCUCUGUUGCGCUCGAAUUUAUCAAGAAGUCAGAGGAGCAGAAUGAUAGCCUCGGCGGCGGCCCUGUCAUGAACCUCUUUGAACUUCGCGCCGUUCUCCAAAGUGCGGAGACUUGGUUCGAGAGACGGAUACGUGCUGGAGAGACAGGCGUAAAAGGCUAUUGUUUCGUUGUUGCGUCUCUCGCCCUCGCAGAGGCCCUUGAAAUGGGGCUACCGCAGGAAGAUGUCGAUCAAGUAGUCGUUGACACAGGAGCCAGUAUGAGUAUAAAAGCCUACGACUUGCUGAAAGAAGUCGCCGAGAGAGAAGGUUUAUCGCUCGAUGAGCCUGAAAACGAAGAGGCUAUACACAUUGAUGUGCCAGCGAUUGAUAGCGAUGUCAUGCAGGGUAUUAUGGAAAUGCCCUUUGAUUGGAUGGUGAUGGGUGGUGACCUUGGUCUAGAUGGAAUGGGAGCGUUCAACUGGGCUCGUGGUGGCAUGAGUAUGCCUCAGCAGUUUGACUCCGUCGAUCCAUCAGUUGUGUCACAAUUUUGA